AUCUCAAAUGCUUUUAUUUUUUUUAAUUUUGAAGUUAUUCCAAGAAUGUUAGUUUUUAAAGCAGCUGUUUUAUUGUGUUGCAACAUAUUUACCAGGCCUUUCAUCUUCAAGGGAAAAGGAUUUUUGUAAAUUUUGGAAACAAAUAUUGUCACUCGUUUUUGUUUUACUUUGCUGUUUGUGUCAGUUAUGUCCCCUUCCCCCAAAUCUCGUGAUAGAACUCUGUGACUUUGUGUGUGUUGUGUCAGCAGACACAGCACAUAAGGUAUAAACCACCCAGGUAUUUUUUAAAUCAUAAAUGUGUACUAUUAGACUCCAGUGAGUGGAUUUCGGUGUGGAUUGGACUGGCUCAUAGAGGCAGAGCAGCUGAACGCCACCCCGAGAGGCCUCCCUGAUGGGCCAUGUCGGGCAGUGUGCUUUUAAUUUCAGCAGUACAUGGUUCUCAAGUUGGCCCCCUCUGUUCUGUCCUUUCUGGACCCAGAGGGGGGAAGUGGUUUUUAUUUGGCUCUUGGAAGGGUGCCUCUUGGAUCUGGAUAUUUAUAAACAUGAACUGGGCCACCACAGUUUGCCUCUGAAUCUCAGGGCUCAUCUCACAGCCAAACUUAGGUUCCUGGACUGGUGGCUAAAGGCCAGGUCUGAGGCCCAUCUGUGGCUCUUCAUGACGGAGCAGAGGUUUUUAGUGGAGAUUUUUGGCUAUCACAAGAAGAAAUGAACCUCUGGAAUGGUAGGAAGUUGUUUUUCUCUCCGUCAUGUCUGUAUGCCUUGUAUCACUGGGUGGCAGAGUGGAGGGGUAGUGUCUGUUUAGAUAGGGUAUGGAAUGUAGGCACUGGGUCAGUUACUAGAACAGAAGUGUUUAGUAGGGUUUUAUCGUCCUGAGCCCUCCCUGGACGCCUCAGAUGGGAGUUACAGGGCAGGGUGAGCCAUUUAGAGUUUUUGAAGAAAGCAUAUGCCUCCCGUCUAAGACUCUGGAAUCUUCCAUCUCUGGUUUAUUCACUUUAGAGAGCAGUAUUCUUGGGAAGGAGUGAGCCACAUUGGGCAGCUGUGGGUCCUGAGUUUCCCAGAAUGUCUGUGACAACAUUGGUAUCAGAAGGUUCCUGACUGUACAGUAGGCAAGGCAGCCCGUUUUGACCAAAACCCCUGCGUCUGGUUUGUGGGGGGACCACAGAGUGACCAGGGACACCUAGAGGACAUGUUGGUCCCAGGGGAAGGCUGGAAGCCAGCAUGACCAGCCCCCCUUGGCAGUGCUAGGCUCCCCUGCUGCCUAGGGGAGAGGCUUGGAAAGAGUCCCGUAGCUGCCUGUCGUGCUUUUGUCCGUGUGCUGGUUGACCACAGCGAGGUUCUCGCUCCAGGCUGGUUCCAAGUUACCUCUCUUACAUUAGACGUUGAGCCCUGCCAAGUGUAAGGAGCCCAGAGCAAUGACCCCCUUCCUAGAUCACUUAAUGUCAAAGUCAUUUGCUGUUGCGGAGUUGACUGGAAGUGGCGGUCUGCAGCAGACCUUCCCUUCUGGAGAGUUAAGGUGUUAGUUGCUGCCCUCCCCCAUAGUGAGCUUCUUCAGAAGAGAAACAUCUGGGGUGGUCCCUGAUUCACCAUAGCCCCUCAUUGAAGGCCCAGGAUGCACCCUGGAGUGCCUCUCCUCAUGGCCUCUUCAGGACUAUGGGGGUCUCCUUGUGGGGGGGGGCAGAGUGUGGCCUUGGUGGAGCUGGAGCCACCUUCUGCCACACAGUGUGCCCUUCUGACCCAGAUGUUAGAAAUGCUUUUCCCAGGUGGAGAAAUGAGCACAGGACUUGUCUCUCCCUUCUGGCUCCUGAUCAGACACAGCACAUCAGUGUUUCUAGAGUGGAGGCCCUGGAGCCUGGGCUCUGAGAUAAGAGUCUACACUGUACCCCCAGCACUCUCCUCCCUGUGGUGACUCUGGCUUAUCUGGAUCCCCUUGAGCAGGAGGGAAUAGGGUUGCUAGUGGGGAGACAUUAAGUGUGCAAAUGUGUCUUAAAAAGGGGUGAGCUCUAGUUUUACAGAGAUGGUAGCCAGAUCUGCUGUCCCAUUACAGCCUUCCCACUUCUCCAUGGCACCCAGUCCUGUGCACCCCCACCUUCGUAUCAUGCCUCUGGUUCUGCACAUUUUGCACAUCUUAAAGGUUUCUUCCCUAGUAAGAACUAGAAGGUUGAAAUGUUGAGCAGAAGGGAACAACCAGGCAGCCGUGCCAAGAAGAAGGUUUUCCGAUGUCAUUCUGGCAACAAUUUUGGCAACCAAGUCUGAAAUGUGUGGCCAAAAAUUUGAACUGAAGAUUGAUAACGUGCGGUUUGUUGGGCACCCGACACUGCUGCAGCAUGCUCUGGGGCAGGUUUCAAAAACAGAUCCGUCUCCGAAGAGGGAAGCUCCCACCAUGAUUCUUUUUAAUGUGGUGUUUGCGCUGAGGGCCAACGCAGACCCGUCAGUGAUAAACUGUCUGCACACCCUUUCCCGACGCAUUGCCACCGUGCUACAGCACGAGGAACGCCGCUGCCAGUACCUCACGAGGGAGGCCAAGCUGAUCCUGGCGCUGCAGGACGAGGUGUCCGCGGUGGCGGACGGUGAGUGUGGCAGAGUGUCUCCUACUCCACACAGCAUGGCAGGGACCUUUCGAGGCAGGGACCCCGGUCCAGCAAAUGAUGGUCCUCAGUCCCCAUUUCAUCACAUUCUGCCCAAGUGCAAGCUGGCCAGGGACCUCAAGGAAGCUUACGACAGCCUGUGUACGUCUGGCGUGGUGCGUCUCCACAUCAACAGCUGGCUGGAGGUGAGCUUCUGCCUGCCCCAUAAGAUCCACUACGCCGCGGCCAGCCUCAUCCCCCCCGAGGCCAUCGAGCGGAGCCUGAAAGCCAUCCGCCCGUACCACGCUCUGCUGCUGCUCAGUGAUGAGAAGUCCCUGCUGGGUGAGCUCCCACUGGACUGCUCCCCGGCCCUGGUGCGCGUGAUCAAGACCACAUCCGCCGUGAGGAACCUGCAGCAGCUGGCCCAGGAUGCAGACCUGGCCUUGCUGCAGGUUUUCCAGCUCGCGGCCCACCUGGUAUACUGGGGCAAGGCCAUCAUCAUCUACCCACUGUGUGAGAACAACGUCUACAUGCUUUCUCCUAACGCCAGCGUGUGUCUGUACUCCCCGCUGGCCGAACGGUUCUCCCGUCAGUUUCCGGCUCACGACCUGCCCUCUGUCCUUGCUAAGUUCUCCUUGCCUGUCUCCUUGUCAGAGUUCAGGAACCCUCUCGCCCCCCCUGUGCAGGAGACGCAGCUUGUCCAGAUGGUGGUGUGGAUGCUGCAGCACAGGCUCCUCGUCCAGCUGCACACCUACGUGUGCCUGAUGGCCUCGCCCAGGGAGGACGAGCCCCACCCUCGAGACGACGAUGUCCCCUUCACCGCCAGGGUCAGCGGCCGCAGCCUCAGCACGCCCAACGCUCUCAGCUUUGGUUCCCCAACCAGCAGUGACGACAUGACCCUCACUAGCCCCAGCAUGGACAACUCGAGUGCAGAGCUUCUCCCCAGUGGGGACUCACCGCUGAACAAGAGGAUGACCGAGAACCUGCUGGCCAGCCUGUCUGAGCACGAGCGGGCUGCCAUCCUCAGCGUGCCUGCCGCCCAGAACCCCGAGGACCUCCGCAUGUUUGCCAGGCUCCUGCACUACUUCCGCGGCCGCCACCACCUGGAGGAGAUCAUGUACAACGAGAACACACGGCGCUCCCAGCUGCUCACGCUCUUCGACAAGUUCCGCAGCGUGCUGGUGGUGACCACCCAUGAGGACCCGGUCAUUGCCGUCUUCCAGGCACUGCUCCCGUGAGGCCAGGCCGAGGACAAGGAAGCAGAGACAGGCUACUGCCAUGGGGCGGGGGCGUACCGGCCGGCAGCAGCCUUGGCACCACUGCCCUCCACGUUCUCACUCUCCUCUGGUCCUUGAAACAGCCUCAGUGUCUGAGCUGAGACGAGGCUCCCAGCUGGAGGGAGCGUCCAGGACUCGAGCCUGCGGGCUUCCCACACACAGAUCCCGGACAUGCGUUUCUCUCAGACCCUCCUCCCAGCCCGGCCCCCUCCACUGCUGCCCUCCCAGAGAGUGCUGUGUCUUUCCUGGCCCGCCCCGCUGUGGCCCGUUCCCCCUUGGACACCUGCCGCAUGAGGGACUGGGCUGACACACAGCUUUGGGGUGAGUGUGCACUGGUGUCCCCCACCCUCCCUCACACAGGCCUGAGGGACAGUGUGUCCAACCUCCUGCACACACAGCCUCCAGUGUCCUGCCUGGAGGGAGACCACUGAGGGGGGCUGUGACACAGAUACAAGCAGGACUGUUUUCUAGACACAAAGCGUUUAUUUGGUUUUUAAGCAGUUAAAAAGCCUUGUCGGAGCGGACCCUUGCUCAGGCCUGUGCGUUCUGCUCAGCUGCUCUGUCUACCACGCUGACCCAGGGGCUGUCGCGGACAUAAAAGCGCAGGGGUUUCUGGGCCCACUCUCCUGCAUGGCCGAUGCCCACUCGGGCUGCUGCCACCACAGCUGGCUCACUGGACCCCGGGGGGCUGCGCUCCAACCACACAGCCUUGUCCUUGGCCAGGUCCCGCUGGUCGAAGCUCUUGUCAAUGGCCAGGGCCUGGCACAGCUUGGAGGGGCCACUGCACAGCUCACGGUCCUUGAGGGCUCGGCCCGCGGUGCCCUUGCGGAGGGUGCUGCGAAGCUGCCGCAUGGUCUCCAGGCCCCCCAAGGGCUCCAGCGCUCGCAGCAGGACACACGCGCCAUCCCCUGUGGGACAGACGGACAGCCUAGAAAGCCAAGCCUCCCCAGGCUGUUGCCCUCCCGAGCCCAGGGCAUAUAAAUGCCAUGGAGGUGCUGCAGCUGCCUUCCUGAGCAUCCCUGCACUCACCGUCCAGAUGUCUGCCGCCUCCACCUCCUGCACCCUUGCACCUGCCACCAGUGUCUCUAUACCGGACAUGGAACUCAAACUCCAAACCCUUGAGAUCGGGUCCCACGCUCUGCCAGCUGAGCCAGCCAGGCGCCCCAGUCCAAGGGGCUCACUCAAGAGGACGCAUCUGCCUGAACUCCCUGAGCCCUGCAUGGCUGGAGAUAGUGGGGCCCUGGACCCUGGCCAGAAGAACUCUGACCGUCCAGCAAGGCUGCUCUCCUGACUGGGCCAACCCCCAGGGGCUCUGAGAGGCUCAGCUGGCCAGGCCAGUUUCCACCCUUGGACCUUGGCCACAAGGGUCUCCCCAUUGGCAUCUGGGAGCCCCGAGUGGACACAGCAGCUGGCAAGUGUUGGGGGUUUUGUGACCAGAUGCCCCUUAACCAGCCAGUUAUAUACUCGGGGUACACCAAACCUUGGGAGUUCUGUGCCUCUGCGAUUCCUGGGCUCCUCUCAGCCCACCAGCCUCAGGGCUUCCUGUGGGUGCCAUGCAUGUCCCUCACUGUCCCACAUGUGGUGAAGGAGCAGCCUGCCCCUCCAUUUCCACACCCCUAUCCUGGAGUGCAUCUGAGUCCCUCACCCUGAUGAAAACACGACACCCCUAACCUCUUCCUGUCAGGUCUCCCCACCCUCACCCGCUAGUCCUCUGUCUACACCACCUGCCCUCCUGGUGGUUUAUAUGCCACCUCCACGCCGAGAGCAGGCAGGCAACGACCAUGUCCUUGGCCUCCCCUCUCCCUCACUCUGCCUGGAUGACCCUGGCCUUCACUGUCUGUACCUGUGUGGUUUCCUGCUCCCUUGACCUGGAUGGUCACAUGUCCAUAAAGUAACAUGUCACCUCCAA